AUGAGCAAUCCUUCUACUAGUAGCAGUACCGGUACUCCUGCACUGCAUGAUGAACUGCGCCAACGUUUCCCAGAGCUGCUGCACAUGUUGCUAUCCUGGGCACCUUGCGGUAUUGACGCUGAGAUAGAAGCUAUUGUGUCCUUUCAGGAUCAUGGCCGGGCCUUCAGGGUCCACAACCAAGAGCAGUUCUGCAACAGAGUGUUACCAGUUCUCUUCUUGGAAGCAAUGUCAUGGAAUGACUUCUUGGAACAGCUCAGGCGAUUUGGUUUCCGGCGUCUAACCAAUGCUGGUCCAGAUCAAGGAGCCUUCUACCAUCCUGGUUUCUUCCAUGGCCACCCACAGCUUGCAGAACACAUCGUGUACAAUGAGAUGGAAGUUGCUCCCUUGGAUCGUCCUGGUCCUACCUUGGCCUUCAUGCACCCGACUCCCCAGAAUGACAUGGUUCCAGCUAACCAAAGCAGUACUGUUGCUGAGAGCGUUUCAUCCCAAAACCGAAUGAUGGAAGGCCCAGUUCUUGGAGCACCAACCCUCCCUUCUGAAGUUUCUUUGGCUCAGUUGCUCGUGCAAUCAAUGAUGACAAAUAAUAAUCCUCCUGUUGGAGCUUGCAGAGCGUAUUGGACUUCACCUAAAUGA